AAAAUGAAUAAAUUCAGAGGUAGGAUAGUUCUUAACCGAAGAGGAAGAGGAAGAGGAAGAGGAGGAGGAAAAGGAAGAAGAAGAAAUCGAAUCCAUUCCAUAGGAGGCUAAAGAGUUAUCAGAAGCCUUCCGGAGUUCCAUCGAGAAGAUUGUCUCUCGCAAUUCUGCCAAUAUGCCUACAGUUGGGGCCGUUAAUUGUGCCAUGUUAUCCAAAAAGCGUCUUUGAGCAACGAACUGUCAGAUUCUCCAAUAAUAAACAGCAUUAUCUGUAAAUGGAUAGACCUAGAGCCCCUAUAUCUUCCUUGAGCGAUACGGAACGCAGAUCCCUUGAGGUCUUCAACGCCUCAGAAAAGGUUGACGGCGGGGGACCAUCUUCUUCAUCAUCAAAGUGGAUGGCAUUUCAAGAUUCGGCAAAGAUAGUGGAAAGAACCGCGGAAUGGGGAUUCUCAGGAGAAAGCAGUUUCAAGAUGGGGGAGAGGGCUUCAGGAGAAGGAGAACGGAGCAAGAACAUGUCGACAAGGACAUCAGAAGAAUCUACAUCCUCUGAAUCAGGGGCCUUCCCAAGAGUAUCGCAGGAGCUCAAAGCCGCUUUGGCUACUUUGCAGCAGACGUUUGUAGUGUCAGACGCUACAAAGCCAGACUGUCCCAUUAUGUAUGCUAGCAGCGGUUUUUUCACCAUGACCGGUUAUUCUUCAAAGGAGAUUGUUGGAAGAAACUGCCGAUUUCUGCAGGGACCUGACACAGACAGGAAUGAAGUGGCCAAAAUCAGAGACGCUGUCAAGAAUGGGAAAAGUUACUGCGGGAGGCUCUUGAACUACAAGAAGGACGGAACUCCCUUCUGGAAUCUCCUCACGGUCACACCCAUAAAGGAUGACCGUGGCAACACCAUCAAAUUUAUUGGAAUGCAGGUUGAAGUCAGCAAAUACACGGAAGGCGUAAAUGACAAAGCUCUUCGCCCAAAUGGAUUGCCCAAAUCCUUGAUCCGAUAUGAUGCUCGUCAGAAGGAGAAAGCUUUGGAUUCCAUCACGGAGGUCGUACAGACAAUUAAACAUCCCAAGCCUCAUGUAUGUGACACGAGCAAUAAGAGUUUGCCAAGACUUGGUGAUGCUAAUACACCCGGUAGCCAGAUCAUGCAAUCAGAUGACGGUUCCAAGUCGUCCAGAAAAUCUGGACGUGUUUCCUUCACAAGAUCGAAGCACAAAUCAUUUAGCUCGACUAGGUUGCAUGAAAAUAUUCCAAGCAUUGAGCCUGAAGCAUUGAUAACUACGGGUGUGGAGCGCACUGACAGUUGGGAUCGUUCUGAACCAGGGUGCCAGAUAGGGCCAUGCGAGUAUGAAGAAGGAAAACGAUGUCUAUCCUCUGACACUUGCCACAUCGCUUAUUUGUAG